CUCCGGCCCAUCCGCUGCAACUCCCGCCAACUACCCAGACACCUUGGGAAGAUUUCCAACGCUUCCUAUGCACCCCAGAAGUCCCUAUGUCGCCUAUGUUGAUUUCAGAAAGCUUGGACAAGAAUGUCCCGGAUUCGCGCCAUAUGUGAACGCGAACUCCAAUGUCGACUUCAGGAAUCCAGCGGCUGUGAGGGAACUUGCGAAGAGCCUUCUGGCACGUGACUUUGGUCUCACGGUGGAGCUCCCGGAGGACCGCCUGUGUCCCAUGAUUCCAAACCGCUUAGACUACAUCCUCUGGAUUCAGGACCUAAUCGAUUCGACCAGCUGCGACCUGACCAGCGAGUCCAACCCAUCGUCUCCAGUAACCGGUCUAGAUGUCGGGACAGGAGCGAGUUGUAUUUACCCCCUUUUGGGUUGCACCUUACGACCGUCCUGGCGUUUCAUAGCUACCGAUGUCGACCACGACUCCCUCCAGAGCGCGAGUUGUAACAUUACCGCGAAUGCCGUUCUCCUUGGUGACCGCAUCCAGCUCCAUGAAACCGGCGUCGAAUGGCCACUAUUCUCCCUCGAUACGCUGGGGAUAGAAAACAUCGACUUCACCAUGUGCAACCCGCCUUUCUACACCUCCACUACCGCGCUCGCCGAAUCUGCCGCGAAGAAAGCCCUUCCGCCAUCCUCGGCAUGUACUGGGACACCCACAGAAAUGGUUUAUACCCCCACGGGCGAAGUAGGCUUCGCCAAGCGAAUGCUGCAAGAAUCCAUCGUUCUGGGCACACGCAUCCGCUGGUAUACCACGCUCUUCGGCAAGCUUUCUAGCGUGUCCACAUUCGUAUCUGAACUCCGGACCAUCCCGCAGCUGGGUGAGUCUGGAAACUGGGCAGUCACCGAGAUGGUACAGGGCACUACUAGACGCUGGGCGGUGGCAUGGAGCUUUGGAGACCGCAAACCGCUCCCUGGGGGACGGCCAGCUGCACUGAAGGGGUGCUUCCCGUCGGUGCCGUCGGAGUUGGAAUUCGGCGUGGAUAGAAGCUACGAGGAGGUGUGUGGGGAGGUCAUGGUGUUGCUUGCGGGACUGGAGCUCCUGCAGAUCAAACGGGAUGGUGGAGAAUUUUAUGGCGAGGCUAAGGGAAAUGUCUGGUCUCGUGCUGCAAGGAGGGCUAUGGCGAAGGGAUCCAUGGAUGCCACUGGCGAUGAAGUCAAUGUGAGGCUAGGGUUCUUGGUUACGGUCAAGGCUGAGGGGAGGAAGGCGAGUGUUAGAGUUAGGUGGAAGAGGGGCCGUGAUGGAGUGCUGUUCGAGAGUUUUUGCGGUAUGGUCAAGAGGAAGCUUCAGUUAGAGAGAUAGUAAGUACCCAAAUUGCACAUCAAAUUUGAUAUGCCUCGAGAAAUAAUAUCUGGU